AUGUCGCGCGUUCUUCGAGGGUUGAAGCACAUCGGGCAAGGGAGCGAGAAAUACCGUUUCUCCCUCCACGUCGAAUCCGUGAACUUCCACUCAAAAUCCGAGAAAACCUUUGCGACUGUCGAAUGGCUGCGAGGUCCAAAGCGGUGCCGAGGCCGGGAGGUCGUGGUCCUCUCGCGCGGCGCGAACAACGUCCAGUUUGCUGGCCAAGAGCUAGUUCUGAUUGCAACUUUGUUUCGCAGCAAAGGCGGCGAAAACGAGAAGAACAGCGAGAAGACCGAAUCCUCGCGGCUGCGGAAGUUCUCUCUGAGGAGAAACAGUUCCGCGGUUUCCGAAGCAGCCACAACGGCCCAGGCCGCCGAAACAGCUGGAAAAGAGGAACUCGACGCCAGCGCCACGUGCCUCUAUCUCCCAAAGGAAUCGAAACUGCAGCUUGUUGAAGUGCAAGAGAGUGGGCGUCGGUCUUUUCGCUCGUUCGCGUCAUCACGGUCGCAGGGUGCGUCUCUGUCUUCGUCGUUGGCGGCGCCGACUGAAGGUGCGAAUCCCGAGACUUCGUCCUCGCUUUCUUCGCGUUUUCGGCGAGGCUCCUCCGGAAAGACGACGGCCCCGCAGCCUCCUGCGAAGCUGGUGCUGGCCAGCAACGUCCUCGGGGAGUGCAAACUCGACCUUGCGCAGUUUGUGAAUGCGCGAGCGGCCGAGGGCGAGGACGAGAAGUCGAUGGAUGCCCAGCAGCGCGUGACACUAUCUCUGGACAAGUGCGAGGACGCGAACGCGACCGUCACCUUCCGUGUCUCUUGGACCCUCCUUGGUUCUGCACUCGAAGGCGAGAACGACGAUGCGGUGUCUCUGCACUCGGGGCUCGUCUCGCUGGCGAGCGAAGAGACGUUUUUCAAGAACCCGGUCGCCGGCUCUUCUUCGCUUUUGCGGGUUUCGCCCGGUCCCGCCGUGCACCAUCCGGCGGGGAAAGGAACUGCAAGUCUCUCUGCGUCUCGGCAGGGCGAGUCGGGGGGACCCGAAGGCGGCAAAGCGACGCUCUCUUCUCUCAGCGGCGAAGACGCUCUCUCCCGUGGCCUGUCGCCCAAAGAGAAACUGCGGGACCUCUUUGCGCGGCGGCCGGAGGCGAGAACAGAUGAGGGCCGAGAAAAAGGAGAACCGACUGGGAACGAAAAGGCCAAAGAAACGGAGAAGGAAAAAGGCGACGAGAAGGCAGUGGAGGAGAGAGGGGACACAGCCAAGGAAAGGCACGAGAGGGAGGGAGAAGGAAAGGAAGAUGGCGGGAGUCGCCCUCUCGGCGCAGCAUCCGUCAGCGAAAUGUUGAAGGCGAGAGAGCGGUCGCUGGCGGCGCGGAAACUCGAGGACUCCCAGCGUGGGUUGAGUGUCCCAGGGGCGCUGGCGACCGCCUCUCCGGGGCCUUCGCCGUCUUCGGACAUCUCCACGAGUGGAAGUACCUUGCCUGUCGCGGCGCAGUCGCCGCUUCUCGGCGAGCCGGAUCGGCCGGGGGCGAGGACGCAGGGCGGCGUCGGCCAGGCGAAGUCUCUGUCUUCUCUUCUGUCUCGCGGCGUGCGGAAAGAGCCGGGGGCUGCGGGUGCCAGCACAGGAGGCGCGACGCCUGAGGAAAGCAAAGUUUUGCAGCUGCUCCAGCGCGUUUCGGACUUGGAGCGCAGAAACGAAGAACACCAACGCCUGCUCGUCAAGGCCCAACAGGCUCUCGAUGCGAAAGAGAGCGCAGAGAGAGACGAAUACGAAAAGAAAAUCCGAAACUUGUUUUCGCAAAUCGAGGAACUCCACUCUGCCCUCGCCAAUGCUCAAGAGCAACAACUCACCACGGCGCAACAGCUCGAGGAAGAGAGAGCCAAGGUGAAGCCAGGCGCCGGAGACAAGACCGCCUCGGGGCCGACGUCGCUGUCUCCGACCUCGUACGGGACACUGCGCGAGGAGCUCCAGCAGCUGAAAGAUCAGAUGAAGCAGGCGGAACAAACCCACGCGGAAGUCGAGACGCAGUAUCGCAUGCGACAGAAACAGCAACAAGAGAGAAUCGAGGACCUCCAGGCGACUCUCCAGCAGCAGCAAGAAGAGGCGCAUGCAGAGCGCGCCGCUCUCCAGGCGCUCCUGCGGGAACAACAGACGGCUCAGGAGACGAAGGACGCGGCUGUGAAUCUCCUGACGCGGGAAAACCAGGCGCUGGAGGAGCAACGCGAGACGCUGCGACAGCGUUGCGAGCAGCAGGAGCAGAAACUGGCUCAAGUCCAGGACCGCCUCACAGAGGAGACAGCGGCGAGAGACAAGGCCGAGCGAGAGUUGACGCGCCUCCGGACCGAACUAGGAGAGAAGGACGGCGACGAGGAUCCCCUCCGUCACCAGUUCCUCACUCUCCAGCAAGAAGUUUCGGAAUUGACGGCCACGCGAGACGAACUUCGUCGCCAAAAGGAACGCGACGAACAGGCUCAUCUUCAACAGCUCCACCAGCUGCAGGAGCAGCUGCGUCUCACGCGGGACCAGCAGCAAGAGCACAUUCACCUCGUCGAGCAGGAGAAAGUAACCCUCAGGAUGCAGGUUAUCGCGCUGGAACACGAGAUCAGUCUCCUCCCAAAGAAGGCUGCGGAGGGGCGAUUCCCGGAGUUUCACGGAGACACCAAACAUGCCUUGCAACCAGGAGUUGGCGAGGCGAAUCAGUCGCCCGGAGACACCGCACAAACCGCGGGGGAUGCCGCAGCGGCGCGGGAGCGAAGAGAAACAGAAAAAAGGACCACGCAGCUGAUCGAGGAACUCGAAAUGGACUUGGUAAAGACGAAGAUUGAACUGGCAUUGGCCGAGCAACAGCGCGCUGAGGAUCUCGAUUUGUGCAAGAACAAAAUCGCCUCUCUCAAAGACACGAUUCUCAGCUAUGCGGCGGUCGUCUCGGACCUGGAAGUCCAGGUAGCGGAUCUCAAGCUGCAGGCGCAGUCUCGAGACGUCUUUGGCUCCGCUUCGGGCGCGCGGCGGCUGCGGCCGAUUCGUUCCCUCAAAUCCUUCUUUCGUUCGGCUUCGUCGCGUGGCCAGCACACGUUCGACGCGGCGCGGUCGUCGCCGUCCUUCAUCUCGGGUGUCUCCUCUCCGCAGUCGCCGCCUCUCCAGUCGCGAGGCAACGGGGCCCGAGGCCGUCGAGAAGACAACGGGAAACGCGAGGGAGAGAGAGGACGAUCCUGGCCCGAGCCAGAAGCGGCUCUUCGACACGGCGCGGAUGGGCGGCAGUCCUCGCAAGUGAUUGUGUUUGACGCUGCGGAAGACCGCGUCUCGGCGCCCCCCGCGAAGCAGGAAGAGACGAAUGUCAGAAACUCUCGCGGCGAGUACUGGGGGCGAUCGGGGCUACCGCCGCUCCCCGCGCAUGGCUCGCGGUCGCCGCGCUCGUCGUUUCGAUUUCGAAUUCGAAGCUCCACGCGGGACGGCAGACGCGAACGUUCAGCCGAACACGAGAGAGAUCAAACGCAAGACAGGCGACGAAACAGUCUCGGCCGACACACAGACGUCUCAGGGCCGAUGGAAAACAAGCAUGUCUUGGCUCCUGAACAAACCCGAGCGUCCUGCUUUGUACACAUGCUCAACGAAUCCGACGGCCCGUCGAGCUCCCGAGGCAGCAGUUCCUGGGCUUCCGGGCGACGCGCCAGAGACACGGAAAUGCCUGCGUGCAACUGA